AUGUGUAUUAAGCAGCCUAAGUAUAACUGUAAAACUGCAUAUGCCACCCUAUAUUUCGAUUGUGAUUGGAAGAGAGAAUGAGGGAAGGUUUUGAGUUUGAUAAUGGCAAAUGAUAACUCGCUGCAACUAGAGAGCUAUUAAAGAGUGUUUGUCUGCUUUCUCCUUUGCUGUGUUCGAAGCUCAGUUUUCAGAUUUCGCCAGGCAAACCCUAACGCUUCCAAUUUCGCUCAAUAGAUUUUGCAGGUUUUGACCAAAAGGAGCUGUAUAAUAAACUAUUGGAAUUUGAUUAGUAGAGUUACGAUGGAUUUUGACGAGUAUGAAUAUUUAGAGAAAACAGUUGAAAAUGCUGAAGUUAAGAAGGAGAAGCAUAGGGCUAAUGGUAGUGAUAGAAGUGUGAAGUCUGAAGAGAGAGGGCAUGGUCGGAGUAUCAAGCAUAAGAGUGGUGAGAAGGAUGACGACGACGUUGAAUUUCAUUCCAGGCAUUCAAAAUCUGGAGAUGAUUCCCGCCAUUAUGAGAGGAAGAGAGAAAGAGGCUCCUCUCGGCACGGUUUGCAGUACAGAGAUGGAGUGAAGGAGAAAGAUCAGCACAGAAGCUCUGGGGGCAGUAAGGAUAGGAAGAGGGAUAGAGACAGAGAUCAUGAGAACAAGGAUGGGAAGAGAGGUAGGGAAAGAGAGAUAGAUCGCGAGCGCGACCAAGAAAGGGAUAGAAGGGACCGAGGAAGUGAGAGUGAACAAGAACACCGCAGCAGAAGUAGAUCCGAAAGGCAUCGGAGUGAUCCGGAAGACAGAGACAGAGAAACAAUUCUUGAUAAAGACAGAGAAAUAAGCCGGGAUAAGGAUUUCAGAGACAGAGAAAGGGUGAGGGAAACGAGGGAACGGGUUAGAGAAAGCAGGCGACAUAAAGAGAAAAAGGAAGAAGCAACACAACCUGAUCCUGAUCCUGAAAGAGAUCAAAGAACUGUGUUCGCCUAUCAGAUUUCUCUGAAAGCUGAUGAAAGAGAUGUAUACGAGUUCUUCUCAAGGGCUGGCAAGGUACGGGAUGUUCGCUUGAUUAUGGACCGGAAUUCUAGGCGUUCUAAGGGUGUUGGGUAUAUUGAGUUUUAUGAUGCCAUGUCUGUCCCAAUGGCAAUAGCUCUUUCAGGCCAACCUGUCCUAGGUCAACCAGUGAUGGUGAAGCCGUCAGAAGCAGAAAAGAAUUUGGUUCAGUCCACAACAUCUGUUGCUGGUGGAUCCACUGGACUUAUAGGUCCGUAUUCUGGAGGAGCAAGAAGGCUCUAUGUUGGAAAUCUGCAUAUCAGUAUGAGUGAAGCUGAUAUUCGCAAGGUAUUUGAAGCAUUUGGUCAGGUUGAGCUAGUCCAGCUGCCUCUCGAUGAAAGUGGGCACUGCAAAGGUUUUGGCUUUGUACAGUUUGCACGCCUUGAAGAUGCCAGAAAUGCUCAGAGCUUGAAUGGUCAAUUAGAGAUUGGUGGUCGAACAAUCAAGGUAUCGGCUGUUACUGAUCAAUCUGGAAUGCUAGAGGCUGGAGGAAAUACUGGUGAUUUUGAUGAUGAUGAUGAAGGAGGUGGCUUGUCAUUGAAUGCAUGUUCUCGAGCAAUACUAAUGCAGAAGUUGGAUCGUAGUGGCACUGCAUCAAGCAUGGUUGGUUCCCUGGGUAAUUCUAUUGUCAACAACACAGGUCUUAAUCUACCAGCAACAGGAAACAUACUUGCAGCUGUGCCCGCGGGUUCUCCCCUUUCUUCUAUUCCUGCAGUAUCUGGGUUGUCAGGUGGAGGUCUCCAAAUUCCCACGGCUACAAUUCCUACUAUUGAUACAAUCGGUGUUCCAAGUGAAUGCUUAAUGUUAAAGAACAUGUUUGAUCCCAAGGACGAGACUGAACCUGAUUUUGAUUUGGAUAUUAAAGAAGAUGUUGAAGCAGAAUGCUCUAAGUUUGGGACGUUAAAACAUAUAUAUGUUGAUAAGAAGAGUGCUGGUUUUGUCUACUUACGUUUUGAAGAUACCCAAUCUGCAAUAAGUGCUCAGCGGUCCUUGCACGGACGAUGGUUUGCUGGGAAGAUGAUCACAGCGAGCUUCAUGGUGCCUCAGUCAUACGAAGAUAAAUUCCCGGACAGCAGAUAAACUGAUGAAUUGUUGCAUGAUGCGAAAUCUCGUGGCCGAAAUAAUCAUCUUCAGAAUUAUAUAACGGCUUUUACUUGUCUUGGAUUGGCUAAAAGGAGCUGUUUAUAAAACUCGCAUAAAUUUUUUGGGGGUGUUUUUUAUAAGAGUCUGUUACAGUAAUACUGUUGUGGCUGGGAAGUGGUAUUGAUUGGAACAAAGGUUUUGUGAUGAUGCUACAAACAUUGAUGUAAUUCAACUUAGGCUGUUGCCAAUCACAGUUUUGAUGUAUCCUCACUUUCUUUGUGGAUCCAUUGGUAUAAGCCUGAGAGGAAACCCCCAUAAUCUGUUGGUCAA